UGACGUCUAAUGUAGUGGACGGGACACUUCAUCAACAGUAACAACAGUUCGUCGGCCACCUCCGUAUCCAACAUUAUCGAAAACAGUCACUGUGUUUUAAACAUACUUCUGUCGUGUCUAUUUGUUGGCCCAUUUAAUGUAACGUUAAUAUUUACGUUGUUUGUCAGGUAGCUGGCUUGCUAAGUUAGCUUUGCACGAGGCUAAUCGCUAAUGCUAAGUAGCUAGCUAGUUAACAUCCCCGACCAUGAGUUCACUUAGCUACUCCACUCCUGCUGAAGAAGAGGGGGUCUGCUGGACGGAGAAAGAAGAAGAGGCUGACACAGUUAAACAAGAAGUAGAGGAUGAGUCUGUUACUGUGAAAGAAGAAGCGAAUGAAGCUUUCAGAGUGAAAGAGGAGGAGGAAGUUACAGUGAAAGACGAGGAGGCUGUUACUGUGAAAGAAGAGAAAGAAGCUUUCAGAGUGAAAGAGGAGGAGGAUGUUACUGUUAAACAAGAGGAGGAAGAAGUUUUUGGAGUGAAGAUGGAGGGGGAGAUUACUGGCACGUUGGAAGAGGAAGAGGAGGGGCAGAUUACUGUCACGUUGGAGGAGGGGCAGAUUACAGGCAUGUUGAAAGAGGAAGAAGAGGAGGGGCAGAUUACUGUCACGUUGAAAGAGGAAGAAGAGGAGGGGCAGAUUACUGUCACGUUGGAGGAGGAGGAAGAGGAGGGGCAGAUUACUGUCACGUUGAAAGAGGAGGGGCAGAUUACUGUCACGUUGAAAGAGGAAGAAGAGGAGGGGCAGAUUACUGUCACGUUGAAAGAGGAAGAAGAGGAGGGGCAGAUUACUGUCACGUUGAAAGAAGAAGAAGAGGAGGGGCAGAUUACUGUCACGUUGAAAGAGGAGGAAGAGGAGACGGGAGAUCUGAGUAACACCAGAGAAAGACCAGACUCUGAGGAACCAGAGGAAGAAACGUCCAAACCAGCAAGACCAUACCACUGCUCCCAGUGUGCGAAGAGUUUUACCCAGUUAGGGAACAUGAAAAGACAUGAGAGGACACACACAGGUGAUAAACCUUACCACUGCUCCCAGUGUGGAAAGAGUUUUACCCGGAUAGGGUCCCUGAAAAUGCAUGAGAGAAUGCACACAGGAGACAAGCCUUACCCCUGCUCCUUGUGUGUAAAGAGAUUUUCCUCAUCAGGAUGCCUGAAAAUACAUGAGAAGACGCACACAGGCGAUAAACCUUUCCAAUGCUCCCAGUGUGGAAAGAACUUUUCCUUGUCAGCGAGCCUGAAAAGACAUGAGAGGACACACACAGGAACUACUCCUCAUCACUGCUCCCAGUGUGGAAAGAGUUUUACCCGGAUAGGGUCCCUGAAAAUGCACGCGAGAAUACAUACAGGAGAAAAGCCAUACCACUGCUCCCAGUGUGGAAAGAGUUUUAACCAGUCAAGGGACCUGAAAGAUCAUGAGAGAAUACAUACAGGAGAAAAGCCACACCACUGCUCCCAGUGUGGAAAGAGUUUUAACCAGUCAAGGGACCUGAAAGAACAUGAGAGAAUACAUACAGGGGAAAGGCCAUACCACUGCUCCCAGUGUGCAAAGCGUUUUACACAGUUAGGUCACCUGAAACGUCAUCAAAGAACACACACCGGAGAGAAGCCUUACCACUGCUCUCAGUGUGGAAAGAGUUUUGCCCAGUUAAGUCACCUGAAAGAACACAAGAGAUUGCACACAGGGGAGAAGCCUUACCACUGCUCCCAGUGUAGAAAGAAAUUUUCCUCGCUAGCAAACCUGAAAAGACAUGAGGACACACACAGGAGAUAAGCCUUCCAAUGCUCCCAGGACCUGUAAAUUGAUAUUUCACAUCAUCAGAGAACAUUGCUCCCAUUGUCUUAUAUUUUUUUUUACGAAGAAUGUGUUUUUUGAUUAUGCCAUAUGAAAUCGAACUGUACAAAAAAUAGAUUUGUAUGUUUUUAUUAGAAAAACAUUAAUUGAAUAUGGAGUAUUUCAGUUUAAAUAUACAGUACGCCCGUGUUAAUGUAGACUGCUCUGUGAUUAAAUUAUCAUUUUA